AUGAAGUUGACCAGUGAAAAGUUGCCCAAGAACCCCUCUUAUACUUCUCUAUCCCACUUCGCUGCUAAGAAUACAAAAGUCUUCCAGUGGAGAAAGGAAAAGACUGAUCAUUACAGCCAUGCUGAUUUGGUGGAUAAGGCUUUGCAGCUCUUGAAGGAAAGGAUAAGAAGAGGGGAUACUAUGGCAUAUUUCCUACGAGGUCAACUUUAUUUUGAAGAGGGAUGGUAUGAAGAAGCGUUAGAACAGUUUGAAGAAAUCAAGGAAAAGGAUCAUCAGGCAACUUACCAGCUAGGAGUGAUGUAUUAUGAUGGCCUGGGGACGGUCGCAGACUCUGAAAAAGGAGUGGAAUAUAUGAAGAAAAUUGUUGAUUCUCCAUGCCCCAAAGCAAGACACUUAAAAUUUGCAGCAGCUUACAACCUUGGAAGAGCUUAUUAUGAAGGAAAAGGCGUUAAACGAUCAGACAAGGAAGCUGAAAGACUGUGGCUUUUUGCUGCAGACAAUGGAAACCCAAAAGCUAGUGUGAAGGCUCAGAGUAUCCUAGGACUGUAUUACUCAACAAAGGAGCCCAAAGAGCUUGAGAAGGCAUUUUAUUGGCAUUCAGAAGCUUGUGGCAAUGGAAACCUGGAGUCCCAGGGUGCCUUGGGGCUCAUGUACUUCUACGGACAAGGUAUCCGCCAGGACACUGAGGCUGCCCUGCACUGCCUGAGGGAAGCCGCGGAGCGUGGCAACGUCUAUGCUCAAGGGAAUCUCGUGGAGUAUUACUAUAAGAUGAAGUUCUUUACAAAGUGUGUUGCAUUUUCCAAAAGGAUCGCCGACUAUGAUGAAGUUCACGACAUCCGCAUGAUAGCCCAGGUCACAGACUGUCUCCCGGAAUUCAUCAGCAGAGGCAUGGCCAUGGCCUCUUUCUACCACGCACGGUGUCUGCAGCUUGGCUUGGGGAUCACAAAGGAUGAGGCGACAGCUAAACGCUAUUAUUCUAAAGCUUGUCGUCUGAAUCCUGCAUUGGCAGAUGAACUUCACACUUUACUUAUUCAUCAAAGAAUUUAG